CGGGACGUUGUUGGUCUAUAUUAAACAGUAGGGUACCUGUCCCACACUAAAUCCUCCUCUUACAUCGAUUCGAGAGUCAUAAAUAGUCUUCAUCCCUUCACGCUUUGAUCAGCAAACAUUCUUCACUAUCUAAGUCUUUAUCUAAUUCCUUACCCUUACUUCUUCUCAUAAUAUCAACGAGUCGACUUUUACCAAUAGCAUGCCAAUUCAAUACGAUAGCAAUAUGACAAGGAUGGAUCAUUCAACUAUUCAGCGAAAACCGCUUUUUAAUUCACCACUCCCACUCCGUACGCCACAGUCCGAGUCGGUCCCACUGAAUACAUGCCUACUUCCACCGGUUAGUUCUUAUGGAAGAGUUGAAAGCACGAUUCGCCUCACAGAUAUCUCAUUAUAUCCUCAUUCACCAAUCAGUGAGAGGUCCGGCUCUUCAUUCUCCCAUGAUUCUACCGCGGAAGCGUGGGAAAAUGUUUCGACUACCACAGAGCCGUGGGAGAACAUUUCGAUUAGGUCAUCACCCCCUCAGUCACCGAAGUCAAGGCACGAGCCCGAUGACAUUCCUCGGGUUGGCUUAGUACCCCUUCGUGGAGAGGUUCUUAAGCGUAAAUGUGAUAACUUGGCUGAAAGCUCGAAGAAAGCCAGGCUCCAACCAGUCACACUCCCAAGUGUUUACCAUAUCCUGUCACCCGAGGAGUGUGAAGGUCGUCGACCCACUUGCCACCACAGACCUCGGAGGAUGCUACAGACACCUAAGUCUAGCCCGGGGCCCGAAAAUGCGUACUCUUUCUCAUCACAGCCAGGCUCUCCGGCGCCGGAAGAUCCUAUCGUCCAGUGGCUCAAUCUCAGAAGGAAGGAAUCUAAUGGUUGUCAAGAACUCCUUUCGCAACCCCGAAACUCAAGGGGAGUUUCUUUGAACAUCUCCUUGGACAUUUCCUUGAAAUUCUGCGAUUCGCAACCAGUAUUUUAUCGGGAGAAGCAGCAGUACACACCGCAGUCCCACGGCUAUUGUCAUCGACCCCGAUCACAACCCUCACUGUCUGAAGAUUCUGAGGAAGGCUGCAACAAAAAGACCACCCACAACAACCUCAAGUACACAACAGAGGAGGCCGAUUUUAUUCGAUUUAACAAAUACGAGAUGAAGCUUUCGUGGGAGGAGAACAAGCGUCUCUUUAGGAAGAAAUUCCCAAUGCCACCUGGAAAGCAACGCAGGACCCAAGGCAUCCAAGGCGUUCACUACAGAGACAACCAACACGUCCCUCACCUUAUAGACAAGGGAAGAAGGCUUGUGUUUCUACCCGAGGGACACGUAGAGGCAGUGGUUGCUGGGGUUCGAAUGCAAAAGGAAAAUAAACCAUACUUCAGCCUAACCUACCUAUACCCCGAGCGAGCCAUGCUUUACGACUGGGUGCCACACAAGAUAAAAAUCGCGGCUGCUGAACUAGCCGAGGAGCGCGCUGCGCAGAAGGAACAAGCACGACGUGAAGCGAUCGAAAAGGGCAUAUGGAAGGAAAAGCUGCUGAGCGGCAACUGCGUCUGCUGUUUCAAGCCGGACGGCGACAAGGACGCCCAGAAGCGUUCUUAUCCACGCGAGGCCUCUCCGGAAGAGAGCAAAUUCGCCGUGCCCCCCAAGCUCGCAGACGACCCUCUCCAAAUUUCGCACGUCGUCAAGACGGAAGACGGGUUCUACGCGAAUCCUACCUUCGGAGGAAGCCAUAGGUGACUGACUUGAGACAGUACGACGCUCAGGCAGACACU